AUAGCAGUGUACCGGCUGCAAAGCGCUCAGUCUGCGUUCGACGUUUUCAAAGAGCAGUGCUCGCAUUGACAUAGUAAUUCGUCCAGAAGAUGGCAAUGUUGAAGGAUCAACUGUUAAGCACCGUGACGGAGCCGGUAUUAAUCGGUAGAAAUAAAAUCACGGUGGUGGGUGUUGGCCAAGUUGGAAUGGCCUGUGCUUUCAGCAUCUUGACAAACAAUGUUUCGAGUGAUGUAGUGUUAAUUGAUGUGAUGGCGGAUAAAUUGAAAGGGGAGAUGAUGGAUUUGCAACACGGUAGCGCGUUUCUGAAGAACGCGAAAAUCAAUGCCAGCACGGAUUACGCCGCGACCGCGAAUUCGAGCAUCUGCAUCGUGACAGCGGGUGCUCGUCAACGCGAAGGCGAGACCAGGCUGGAUCUGGUUCAACGUAACACCGAUAUCUUCAAAGGCAUCAUUCCUCAGUUGGUGAAAUAUAGUCCAAACACGAUACUUCUGAUCGUUUCUAACCCGGUGGACAUUCUGACGUACGUGGCAUGGAAACUUUCUGGCUUACCGAAGAAUCGAGUUAUCGGCAGCGGUACAAAUUUAGAUUCUGCUCGAUUCCGCUUCCUGUUAUCGCAAAAACUCAACGUCGCGCCUACAUCUUGUCACGGUUGGAUCAUCGGAGAACAUGGCGAUACUAGUGUGCCCGUGUGGUCUGGAGUCAAUGUUGCCGGAGUACGUUUUCGCGAUUUAUACGAGAACGUGGGCACCGACAAAGACAAGGAACAUUGGGGUGAUCUGCAUAAGCAAGUGGUCCAAAGCGCAUAUGAGGUGAUCAAACUUAAAGGUUACACCUCGUGGGCUAUCGGUCUCAGCGUAUCGCACCUCGCAUCAGCGAUGCUGAGAAAUUCGAACCAAGUGCAUGCCGUGUCCACACUGGUUACUGGUCACCAUAGAAUCAACGAAGAAGUAUUUUUAUCUUUGCCUUGCACGCUGGGUGAAGAUGGCGUUACGCAUAUAGUUCAGCAGAAGUUAACAGAUGAAGAGCUUGCAUUACUGCAGAAAUCUUCUAUAACGAUGCAUGAAGUGCAAAAGGGUCUCAAAUUUUAGGACUAUAUAAUUUUAUAUUAUUUGCGUAUUUCUAUUGUCAUGUUUUAUAUUUUAUUCAUUCAAUAUAUUUAUCUUAAAGUAUGUGUAAUGAUGCUUAAACGGCGACGAAACAAUAGAUUAAAUAAUUAUAUAAGUUAUAUACACGUACACGUAUCAAACAAAUGCAGUAUUAUGCAAAUUU